AUGUUUUUGAAUACUUUUUUGAAGUUUUUGCUGUUAGUAUUUUGCUUCUGCCAAACUGUGCAUGGGCAAGCUCGUAUUAUCAAUGGAACAGUGUCAUCAAUUACUGCGUGCCCAUCAUGUGUAUAUUUGGCGAACAAGUCCGGUAAACAAAUUUGUGGCGGUUCUUUAAUUCAUGCAUCUUUCGUUGCUACUGCCGGUACUAUAACCACAGCGUAUACCGCCGAUCUAUUAAAUGUUCAUGGAGGAAAAAGUUAUCAACUUGAAGCUGGCGAAGUUAUUCCAGUAACUCAAAUAUUUUAUCCACCAAAUUUUGACGCUGCAAAUUUUGACUGGGAUAUAUCUUUAGUAAAAUUGCAAAAUCCAUUCACAACAACAUUACCCGUCCCUGCCGUUAUUAACGCUAAUCCCAUUGAACCAUAUCAGGUCUUAGCAUUUUAUGGUUGGGGUGAAGUUACAGAGGGCGGAAAAAUUUCUAACGUACUUCGUCAAAUGUUGGUUUCUGUAAUGACACCAGCAAGUUGUGAAGAAUAUAUUGGACCACAGACAGAUGCACAGUUCUGCACAACUUCCGCAUAUGUUGGAGCAUGUAACAGAGAUGAGGGUGGCGGCUAUUUUGAUAAAGAUAACCAGUGGUGUGGAGUAGAUAUCUGGACCUACGGUUGUGGCAGAGGUUAUCCUAAUCUUGCCACAAGAGCAUCAGUAGUGAAUAGUUGGAUUCAAUCUACAAUUACAAGUAAUCCAUAA